AUGGCACCCGCACGUCUUAGAGACGAUCCCGUCUGGGACAAUGAGACCUUUCUUCGAGAACUUUGGCUGGCUCUUAUGGAAUCUCACCCUACAACAACUUUUGCUACACCAUCUCCUACGCCAAAUCCUCCUUCGUCUUCGUCAUCAUCAUUAUCUUCUUCUUCGUCUUCACCAUCUUACUCUGUUCCGUCGUCCUCCUCUCGCUCUCGCCCACCCUCUCCCAUUUCCCCCCCUCUCCCUCCAAUGCCGGCUUCCUUCGUUUCCUCUACGCCAGCAAAUACGACUCCUCGCUAUGCUCAAGGUUACUCUCCUUGGUCAAACUCAGUGCCGGAUAGGAUGUGGAACCGGCCGCCACCUACACGCAGAGGUCUAGCAAACUAUACCAGAUAUUCGAUUGGAUUUAGACGCAGUCACGAAGAUGCUGUCAAUGCAACGGACUUGUUUCGCUUUGGCUUUCAUCUCAGCCCACUUAUGAGCCCAGUUCCCGAGGCAAACUGGUAUCUUUCCGUGCAAAGAUUGUGGGCCGAUCUGUACCCUGGCAGGGUCCCUCGCAAGAUCGCUUGUCAAUUCUUUGGCGUUGACCUUCCCUCAGACACCAAACUGGUCUGUGAGCGAUGCCAUGUGGCCUUCUCUAUCCACCUGCAACCAAUUCCUCGCCAUGGUGUGGGCAUCGUCAAGAUCCUCCCGUACAUUCAUUGCCCCAACAAUCGAGAUGGGUCAUGCAAGGAGUCCUCCAUAGAGGCCUGGAUUAAUUAUCAGCGCGCCAUACAACAGAAGAAGCAAGAGGCUGGCGAGACUUUCCGCACGCUCUUGUCCACGCUCCCUGUUGGCUUCUUGUCCCUCAAGGUCUAUGGACAAAGCCCCCGGGGAGCAGCCAGCGUCGACACAGAAUCUGAGAUUUAUAUGGCGUAUCUCGCAUGCCGCAAAUUCUGGAUACAGAGAUGUUUCAUGCUUGAAAACGGGAAUCCUGUAGGCAUCCCACCAAAUUUAGCUUUAAUGAUCCCAGAAUUGGAGAUCAUACAACUGUGGGGAGACAUUUCAGCAGACCUUGGGCUUUACAAGCAAGGAAUCAUUUCUGCGGAAACUUUCAAAUACAUGUACGAGGUCAGCGUUGAGCAUGCCAAUGACCUUGCAUUCUAUCCCAGCUGGCAUGUGCAACGACAUUGCCUGAAUGACUACGUCGGACGUCGUCGAGAUUUACCCAAGAACCAGUUCCAUGUGGCUAAGAGAGCUGCGCAGCGUAUUGCAGUCGCCAUGGAGAAGCUUUAUAUCGCCAGGAUGGCCCAUCCAGACAAACUCGACAUCCUUGCGGCCAAAAAGCACAUUGCAUUCAAUCGCUUUGAAGAGAUGCGCAGCGCAUUGUCACUUUUUACUUCUGUAUUGCACUUUCGACUCAGCCCAGCACCACUUCCCCGAAGCAUCAAGAAAGCAGGCACUAAAAACAGUGCUUAG